UAAAAACGUAAACCCUGAAUUGCGUGAUGAGAGAUAAGAAAUAAUCAGAUAAGCUCUUGAAAACACACACUUCAAAGGAAAUAAAAAAUUUCUUUUCCAUUACAUUGUGUGACUACAAAAGUGUUUGGAUUGGAGCCUAGCAAAUGGCUCAAGAACAGGCAACUAAGGGCGAUCCCAGUUUAACUUUCAUCAGAUCGCAAAUUUUGGGUAAAGGCAGGUAUGGAACCGUUUUCGCUGGAAAGUAUUACGGUAAAGACGUAGCCGUAAAACGCAUCGAGUUAGAAAGAAUCAAUUUGAGGGAACAAGAUUUAUUUCAGCUUCAUCACGAAAAUGUUGUCAAGUUAUAUCAUUGGCAAAAUAACGAAGAUUUCAGGUUUUACGUGUUGGAGCUGUGUGCUGCAAAUUUAGAAGAGUAUUGCAAAGGGGAUUACAAAGAACAGAUACCCUCUGAAGCGGAAGUGCUCUACCAGUUGGCCACAGGCUUGGAAUACAUUCAUUUAAAACGCAUCCACCGUGAUAUCAAACCAAAAAACAUUCUCAUUUCAAAACCGGAUCCUUUUGUCAAAAUAAAAUAUGCUGAUUUUGGAUCCAGUAAACUGAUGAAUGAUAAUGGUUCCUGCUCCAUGAGCGACGUUCGCGGAACCAAACAUUGGAUUGCACCUGAACACAUUCCCCUACGAAAUGUAUUUUCUCGGGGUUCGAAACAAAGCGACAUUUUUUCAGUCGGCUUGGUGUUCUUCUAUUUUCUGAAACGAGGAACUCAUCCUUUUGGUCAAGAUUCGGAAAUCGAAUCCAACAUCGAGAAGGGUACACCAGCUAAUAUUCACAAACUUGCAGAAGAUCAUUUCGCCAAAGCCGUUAUCACAAAAAUGAUUGCUCACCAAGCUAAGGAUCGGAUGGCUUUAGAGGAAAUCAUCCAGGUGUUGAAAACAUUCCUUCAACACAAUCCGCCAAGAGAUGCUGACAAUCAAUUGCUUCUAGCUGCUGUCAAUACAGCAUCUAGUGCAGAAAUAGUUUCCCAACAACAACAAAGUUCCAGUACAGCAGUCAGGCUUCAUUCUAGCAUGGGGCCACCAUCAGCUCCAUUACCUGUACGCCUGCCAAAGAAACCAGCGCUCAGAAAAGAACUAGGGGAAAAUAUUAUGUCUAUCGUGGAUGUACUUUCAGGAAGGAAAAAGAAAUCGAAGUGGGCUAUCGAAGUCCGAGUCGUCCAUAAAUCGAAACUUGACUAUAUGGAUAGCAUCGCAUCUAGUAUACCGAGGCGAAGGUAUUUCGACUUGACGCUAGAAGAUAAAACUGGGAAAAUCCAAGCAAGAGCCUGCACAGCCAAAAUUUGUGAAAAAUUCUACAAGAAAUUCAAAGUAGGAGAACGAUAUUUAAUAAAACAGUUGACAAUGAAGAAAUCUUCGGACAACACGGGACCUAUUUUAGCCUUCCAGUACAAAACUGAAGUCAGUUUGUGCUGAUGUCAACAUGGAACCCUUGCCUGACUAGCACGGUACUUAGUUAUUCUUUUUUUUUCGUAUCAACCACAGGAUAAUCUCAGGAAUAUUGCUUUUCUUUCGUUCGUUUAAAUCUUAAUGAUGAAAUUCCUUCCUUACUAGAAUAGAAUACGACGUGGGUCCACUGUCGUAUCUGAUCACUACCAUUACACAUCGAGAUGCUUGUUUGAUUUUUUCAAACUUUGCUUUUCGUUGCACCUUGCACCGUAAAAUGUGAAGUUAGCCAACCUUUAGUAUUUCCUAUUGGUUUUCUACCCAGUUUUUCUUUCCCUGUCCAAAGAUUUAGUUUGUGAUAUAGUAUUAUUAAAGUAAUGGGGUGGUUAGAUAUCCUUGUUCAGUAACAUUUUAGAAUAUUUAUUGCUACCCUAGUGUCUCCCGAAAACUUGAUUUACAUUAACUUACUUCAGGGAUAAUUAUUAAUCUUAUUUUUGGAAAUAUUUGGUUAACAUAGCCUCGAUGUCCGCUUACAUGUGGCUAUUGAAUUGCCACAAGCAUGACGUUUAAAAAUUAAACAAUAGACCCUAGUACGUUACUAAAAGUUUGUC